AUGGCUCACCUCCAGCUCGCGGCCACCCGAGGGCGCAUCUGGGCUCAGGGCGACGACUCCUGCCAGCGGCGAGGGGAUCAUUUACAUCUGUGGGGUGGCUCAGAGGACCCCGCUGUGGCUAAGUCCAACCGGGGCGGGCCGAGGGCACUGUUUAAGGAGGUUACCCUGGAGACGGGCACCGGCGCCUCAGACAGAAAACCUGGGGAGGUGGGAGCUGCGCAGAGCUCUAGUGCCCGCAGUGGACGAGCCGAAUGUCCAGAGGGUGUGAUCAUGUCAGACAUUGCCAAAGAUCAAGUAACUCAUUCAUUGAAGAAAAGAGGGAGUGCAUCUUCACUAAGUAGUCAUGAAUUUCGACAGAAGGAACGUCCUGGGCGACCCAAAGGCUCCCUGAGUACUGUGUCUUACAUGGAUGAACCUAGCAAAUGUGAUAAUAAUGCCUCUCGCCUUGCAGUUCAGAUGGAAAACACCUAUCAGUUAGGUCCUACAAAACAUUUUCCUGUGGUUGCUGUCAAUCAUAUUUUGAAAGAUGUGUUGACUAACUAUCUACAAGAGGAAGAAUAUGAACCAGAGCUCUGUAGACAGAUGACUAAAACAAUUUCUGAGGUUAUUAAAGCCCGGGUAAAGGACUUGAUGAUUCCACGGUAUAAGCUCAUUGUGAUUAUUCACAUUGGACAACUGAAUAGUCAGAGCAUACAUAUCGGAAGCAGAUGUCUCUGGGAUUCUAAAACUGAUACUUUUUCAUCUUACGUUUUCAGAAAUUCUUCUCUUUUUGCUCUUGCAAAUGUCUAUGCAGUGUACUUUGAGUGA